AUGCUCUCGGCGGCUGGCCGCAGAUUCUCGCGAUGUGCCGUCUCACCGCGACCUCGCAAUCGAAACAAUUUUGCUUUGGGAAAUUUACCGCCUCCCGCCGCCGUCAAUCUUCGCACCAAUGACAUGUUCAGUCCGGAAGAACGAAGAUUCCUCGAAGCAGCCGAACGUGGAGACAAGCCAACGCUUCUCGAAUGCUUAAGCUAUAAAGAUGGCGAUCGGCGGCUAAAUGUGAAUUGUCUCGAUUCGAUGGGUCGAACCGCACUCGAAAUCGCCGUCGAUAAUGAGAAUCUCGAGGUUGUGGAAUUAUUACUGCAGCAAGAUAAUGUGCGGAUUGGAAACGCUCUGUUGUGUGCAAUUCGAGAAGGUGUGUAUCGUCUUGUUGAGAUGCUUGUAAACCAUCCCAGUUUAACUCGAGAAAUGCUCGGCGACGGAUGGAGUCAGAAUUUAGAUCCAUCCGAAGCAGCCAGUGCUGAAUACUCUAGUGAUAUAUCCCCUGUGAUUCUUGCUGCUCAAUUAAAUCAAUUCGAAAUUCUUCAAAUGCUUUUACGCAAAGAUGCGAGUAUUGAAAAGCCUCAUAGGCAUACUUGUAUAUGUGAAACUUGCGAUAGAGAAAGACUUAAUGAUUCUUUACAAUAUUCACUAAAAAGAAUUAAUACGUUCAGAGCAUUAGCAAGUCCCGCGUGGAUGAGUUUAACAAGUCCUGAUCCCAUUCUAUCCGCCUUCAAACUAAGUUGGGACCUUCAAAGACUAGCAUUUGAAGAGCACGAAUUCAAAGAGACUUAUCUACAAUUAUCCGAACAGUGCAAACAAUUCGCCUGCGAUCUUUUGAGUCAGUGCCGCAGCUCUGAAGAGGUUAUCGCGAUUUUAAAUAAAGACGGAAAUGCAAAUGAUGACAACAUUGAUGUUUGGGCAUCAAAAUUGUCUCUAUCUAGGCUUAAGUUGGCUAUUAAAUAUGAACAAAAAGCGUUCGUGUCGCAUCCUCACUGUCAGCAACUUCUUACUUCCAUAUGGUACGAAGGAAUUCCCUAUCGUCAACGAAGUGGUACUUGGGCGAAUUUCUUUCUUUAUGCUUUUCUACUUUUACUUUGGCCAAUUUUCUGUCUUCUCUAUAUCAUUGUUCCAAAAAGUCGCCUUGGCCGUCUUGUUCGUUCACCGUUUAUGAAAUUCUUUUAUUAUUCUGUUUCAUUUGCGACGUUUCUUGGCCUACUCACAUGGGCUACUUUUGAAGAUUAUCGAUACGAAAAAGGAGAAAGGAGUGGAACCACACGUGCUUCUGAUCGCGGACCACCCGCAACAUGGGUUGAAACGCUUGUAUUCACUUGGGUUAUUGGGAUGCUGUGGUCCGAAAUCAAACAACUAUGGGAGGAAGGUUUCAAGAAAUAUACUCGUCAAUGGUGGAAUUGGCUCGAUUUUCUAAUGAUUUGCCUAUAUUUAUGUACCAUAUCGAUUCGACUAAGCGCUUAUUAUAUUUUUACAUAUAGGGAAGAUACAUACAGAUAUGUUGUGCGGACUUACUGGAUAUCUGAUGAGCCAAUGCUAGUCGCUGAAGCAUUGUUUGCUGUCGGAAACGUGUUUUCAUUUGCCCGAAUUAUCUAUCUAUUCCAAACCAAUCCGUAUUUGGGGCCCCUACAGAUUUCUCUUGGUUGUAUGCUUGUCGAUGUCGCGAAAUUCUGCUUUAUUUUUGUCUUGAUUAUCAGCAGUUUCAGUAUCGGACUUGCUCAGCUUUACUGGUAUUACGAUCCAAAUACAGAUAUAUGUUUGCCUGGUUCCGAAUGCAAGCGAUCUACGAAUGUAUUCUCAUCAAUUGCCGAUUCUUAUCUAACUCUUCUGUGGUCCUUGUUUUCCAUUACGAAACCAGAAGAUACCGAUGUCAUAGAGAAUCAUCAAAUCACUCAAUGGGUUGGUCAAGGCAUGUUCAUAAUGUAUCACUGCACAUCGAUUAUUGUUCUGCUCAAUAUGCUCAUCGCGAUGAUGAGCCAUUCGUUUCAGAUUAUUAAUGAUCACGCGGAUCUUGAAUGGAAAUUCCAUCGCACGAAACUUUGGAUGGCGCAUUUCGACGAAGGGUCGAGUCUUCCGCCACCAUUCAACAUUAUUAUCACUCCAAAAUCAUUGGUCUAUUUUCUGAAUUGUCUAGUCAAUACUGUCCGCUGGCUUCUUGGAAAAUAUACGUAUCAGAAGAACAGAAAUCGAGCGACAAUUCGGAGGCCUGGAUAUUCAAGGAAAAGAAACGAAAUUGAGAAAACUGGGCAUACUGAUGACGAUUCGAUUAAACCAUUAACUUAUGCGGAUAUCAUACAAAGAUUAGUUGCGAGAUUUAUCCAUCAAACCAAGAAGAAUAUGAAAAUGGACGGAGUGAAUGAAGAUGAUCUACUCGAAAUCAAGCAAGAUAUUAGCAGUUUGCGGUACGAGUUGCGCGAUGAUCGUCGCCGCGAAAUUGUCCGCAGCUCAUCUCAUAUCGAUGCCGUCAAACGCGAUAUUAUGCGGACAAUGAGCACGACAAGUCGUCGUGUCUUUGGCGGAAGUGUUCGAUUGCCGCGGCAUCGUUCAUCGGUUGCUGAAGAAUCUGAAGAAGACACAACUCCGAAUACAAGCGACUCAGAUGAUGAUGACGAAGGGGAGACAAGAUCGCGUAAAUCGUCAGUUCUUUAUGCGCCAACUCUUAAUUCGGCUCUUCCUGAGAUAAUUAGUGAAGAACCUGAAGAAAGAAAGAAGAAACAACGGCGAUUAAGCGAGCUGGAUAGUCCAUCUCCAGAUUUUUUCAAUCCGAAAUUAACUCCAAAAUACGCGAUUCCACCGCACAGUGCACUCCGCAAAAUCGACACAACAAUGAGUUGUCCAACGAAUGGCGAGCCGAUCACAAAACCUCCGAGAGGCGUUUUAAGACAAUCUCACGAAAAUCUCGCGUCUGUGUCUGUAAUUGAAAAUUUGAGACAGGAAAUGAAUGAAAAGCUUGAUAAAAUAAUUGCGAGCAUGAAGUCAAAUGAGAAUGAAUCGAAGAGCCCAAGCUCUACACAUACGCACGUCGGAUUUAUUGACAAAUAA